CCGUGAUAUCCAAUGAUAUCAACGUUCUCACAAUGACGUUGUACUCAAUAUACAUCAUUACGUAUUCCCAAUUUGUUUAGUUGAAAAAAAUUGCGGCAAAUUGCAAAACUACCUCGAAGUUAUAAGCAAUGGCAAGAACAAAGCAGACAGCUAGAAAGUCUACAGGAGGAAAAGCUCCUAGGAAACAGUUAGCCACAAAGGCAGCAAGAAAAAGUGCCCCAUCUACUGGUGGUGUGAAAAAACCUCAUCGUUACAGACCAGGAACAGUUGCUUUGAGAGAAAUCAGAAGAUACCAAAAAUCCACAGAAUUGUUGAUCAGGAAGCUGCCAUUUCAGCGACUAGUGAGAGAAAUUGCUCAAGACUUUAAAACCGAUUUGAGAUUCCAAAGUGCAGCUAUUGGAGCAUUACAGGAAGCCAGUGAAGCAUACCUUGUAGGAUUGUUUGAAGACACUAACUUGUGUGCAAUUCACGCUAAAAGAGUGACCAUUAUGCCUAAAGACAUUCAGUUGGCCAGAAGAAUUCGAGGAGAGAGAGCAUAAGCAUCAUCUCAGACAUAUCAUGUGUUUUAACAUUGUGACAUUGGACAAGUUUUUUUAAAGUUAUUUUUUACAAUCAUAGUUUUGAAGUAAUAUUUUAAUAAGAAAAUCAUGAUGCCUGUCUGUUGACAGUGGGACAUUUUAACUUUUAUUUCUUCAUUUCUGUAUGUGUGCAUUAUUUAGUUGACUUUUUGGACAAUAAAAAUAAGACAUUUAAAACAUUUUUCCACUCAUACCAUUCUAACUGUUCAUGUACAAAGUUCCAAAAAGACAUCUCACUUUCAUGUUGUAAUAAAUUAAGAAUAAAUGUAGUCUUCUA